AUGACAAAUAUGGAGAAGAGGGCGUCUGCUUUCAGCACGGCGUCACCAAUACAUUUGGACUGCCCAGCUGCUUCUUGUCCAUUUGGCCAUGGCGCAAACAACGGUGACAACAACAGAACAGAGAGCCAUGAUGAAAGUAUGCAUCGUGGUUCAAGCUUCCCGCCGGUUGUUUCACAUAAUUUGUGUGAUGAACUGGGAAACUGCUUCAUGCAGCCGCCUAUUGCUCUUCUUUCGCGUAGACGGUACCAGGACCCUGCGGUAAUGCGUCUACAUGCUGCUUUGGCUUUUAGAGAGAUGCGGAGUUCCGCUAAUGAAAGUCCGGAACCACAAGCCUCUUCUUCAUGGACAACAAACUCAGCAGCAUCGCCAAAAAACAGCCUUUCUAUUGGGUAUGACGAUGAUGCAAUGUCUUCUUUUCUCUCCACGCCAGCUAACGGCUCACCAAUUAAAUUUUUCCGACGUGCAAAAUCUCUUGUAUUUCCUUCGGUACGGUCUUCGGCCUCGUUGGCUUCUGGGGACGAGGUUAAUCAUGUUUCAUCCGUGGUGGAAACCACAACGAAAUUAAAAAACUGCCCUUUUAUGAACUUCUACUGGAAUUCACAGCAGCAGCAGCAGCAGCAGCAGCAGGGUAUAGAGGACGGACAGGAAGGGUUGAUUGAAACGGAGAAACAAGAGGAAACAAUUGAAGGCGUGCAGGCUCCCUGUUUUAUUUUUGAUGCCAUGGCAGGUCCAAGCCAAGGUACCGAGAGGGGUAUGAGCGACAGCGACGUUCAGUUCCGUGGUGUCCCCACGGAUUCUUCUGCGGAUAAUGUUGCUGCUUGGGAAAUGGACGACAGAGAACGAAAAAGCCAUGACGUAGACGAUGAUGCUGCUUUAUCACACCACGAGGAUGACGAAGUCGUGGGCGUAACGGCGGAGGGAAAUUUUAUCUACCGACGGGACAUUGACGCAGAAGGGAGUCGUUUUGUUCGAGGAAAAGUUCAACAUCAUCAAGAUGACCGUCCUUUCCCGGAUGAGUGUGGCGAUGCCGAUACCUUCCCUGCGUUCAUCCCUACAGCCCCUUUUUGUACACCGGAGAGAAAUAUAUUUGCCACAGUUCUCAGCGACAGGGCAGCGGUUCCAAACUCACACGAAGAAAGGGUUGGUGUCUGGAAAAACGCAGCCGCCGCGUCAACCACAGCGUCGUUAACAAACGGCGCGGCAUUUCCUCGAGGGGGUUCUAUUGGUAGAAGCCGUCAGAAAAAAGCCCCUGAAUGGACCCCGAUUGAUGCGGAGUGGUGUUCUCUCCUCUUACGUUACCGUGUCUGCGAAAACGCCGAUGAGACGGAGUACAAGGAACUGAUAAGUGCAGUGAAUAAAUGGCACGAGGUGCGACUUCGCUACCCCAUGGAAGCAUUAGAGCGACGUUUGCGGGAAGGAGAAAGUUAUGACAGGCCCCCGUUUGUUCUCCGCUGGUAA